GUGUUUGUGUGCCAGGUUAACACAGUAUUGACAAAUAUUACAUAUAUGCUAGUAAUGUAACCAUUGCAAAUAGCCAACAGAAAUUUGCUGCCUUCAAAUAUCGGUCAGAUGAUGGAACAUCAGGAGACAGGAAGUAAAGCCAACUUUGAGUGUGCUGCUUCCUACCUUGAUAGGCGUCCUCAGAAAGUUUUGUUUUUUUUUAGCCCUAAGCCCUGUCGAUGAUAGAAAGUUUUUGCAAAAUGUAAGGAUUAAAAGUAAUUUUUACCAUGCAUAGGCGUCAUAUAAAAUAAUAAAAAUGUAUCGGAAAUAUUAUCUCAAAAUAUUGUCAUACCAUAGCAACGAUCAGAGAUUAAUAAUUUGCCAAUUUGUCAUUUGAGAAAAAAAAAAAUCACAAAACCUAUUGCAAAAAGCGAGAAAGUGUAUUCUGUCUUGAUCUCUGGCAAACACUGCUCCUGCUCUUUGACUGUGAAUGAGCGGAAGGAGAAGUAGUUCCUGUCCUGCACAGCAAUAGUUCAAUUAUUUCAUUUCGACACUCGUGAUGUGCAGUUAUUUCAGUUAUUUAAAAACAGCUGCUGUUUUUCUUUUUUUUUUUAAAGAAACCUUUACAAAUCGAUGUCGUAAAAGUAGGAUAGUUCCUCGUGAAUGAACGAAUGAUUUGGAGCAUCGCUAUUUCAAGAUCCAUCCGCCCAUCCCCGCUGAACUAACUCCAGCGACACACACACACACAGUCCGAUCCAGCUGCACUCUUCACGAGUGUGAGCGCGUUUCCCGCUUAAAAACAGCUCUCAAACUCACCGGAGAGGCUCAAACAACACCGUGCUCUGCCGAGGCCCCGACAGCCGCGCGCGAGCUGAAUAAAGAUGAAGGUUAAACUUCGCGCUGCCGCGGAUUCGCGGCCUCAAAGUGUGUCCGACAGCGAUGAGGAGGACACACACAGCCUCGGCGACGAGCAGUUUAUCGUUGUCAAGCUUGAAGAGGAAGAUCCAGAAACCGAGAUGGACCUGAGCAUAUUCGCUCCUGUCGAGUCCUCGGAGUGUGAGGAGGAUGAGGAAGAAGAUGAAGAUGAUGAACUUACAGACUCAUCCAGCGUCUCCACCUGGAGAAGGAAAAACACCAGAGAGCGAGUGAUCACUCCAGAAAACCAUGAGGAUCCAGCUCCCCUUGAGAAACAGUCCUUCACAAGGAGUUUAAAAGGACGGCGAAAGAGCCGAGAGACGUUUCUCUCUGAGCAAAGACUGGACUGUAGUGCAGCAAACAAGGAGGUGAAUGUCGGACUCCCGUCUGAGAACCGCUCCGUUUACCAAGCUGCGCCUCUGUCUGAUUCAGCCCGAGGUCCUGUACAGAUGUCUGGACUAGACACGGCAAUCAGCCCUGUAGCUGCCAUGGAGCCUCCUGUAUUCCCAAAUGCACCAGUCCAGAGCGCUUCCGUCGUCGGGGAGGAUCAGCAGAAUGUACUGCUCGAGGUCCUGAACCAUUGUAGGUUCCUGCAUGCAGCAGUGCAGAGGCUCGAACAGAAGAUUGACAGACAGAUGUCAAACGAGCUGUUAUACGAAAGAAGCUCAGCGAGCCAGAAGAACGCUCCAAAGAGGCGGGUGUCUCUGCGUGUUGAAGAAAGGCAGCUGUCCUGGUCUUUGGCUCAGAGACUUGGUCCACCGGUCCAGAGAAACACGCGCUGGAUCCCUCCCUGGAAACGAGGGCUGGACAGGACGGAUCUCCAGCGAGCAGAAGACUGCGUUCAGCCGGGUAACCCUCCCGGCGGCGGACGAGGCCGAGGAAGAGGAAGAGGACGCCGGGGGCGCCUUGCCGGGUCCCAGCGUCAGUCAGCCGGGGGCGCCCUUAUGCAUCCCAAGACUCUUGAUCCUGCUCCUUCCACGCCAAAACCCGGUGGGGAUGAGCUCUGCAACGCUCCCACAGAUGACCCACAGCCGUCCCAGGUAGUGAAGAAAGCCUCAAAGCGUCAGCAGAAGAGAAAGCAAGCCUUGGCUCAGGUGGACAGGGAGAAAGUUGAAGUUGAGGCCACACUUCAGGCUCAGGCUGACAACAGAGUCAUGAUCGGAAGCCCCUUGAGGAAAGUGUGGAUCCCGCAGUCUGUGUACAAGGAGGUGUUUAAGGAGGUGGAGCCCCAGAAGGCUGUGGGGCCUGUUCUUCACGCUCUCUUCCCCAUCUCCACACUGUCCUGCAGUGCCAUCACAGGAAACCCUGCCAAAGGCAUCCAGCAACUCGACCCCAACAAAAUAGAAGCCCUUCGAGAGUUUCUUGCUGAGAUGUACCCACAGUUUGACAUCGGCGUGAGGGCCGUGACGUGGGCACAGUGUUUAGGAGUGAUUAACAACAUCACCAAAGACCUCAAGAAACGAGCUGAAAAAACCUCACAUCUGCCAACGGAGGUGGGCUACACAAGAAAUGAUUGUUCAUACUCUUGAGGACACACUCAAACGUGCAACAACAUAACCAGUUUUAUUCACUUUAAUCAGUGGAUACAGCGUUCAUAACUCUCUGUUCGGACAACAGAUGUCUUUUUGUUCACUCUUCUGUAGUUAAGUUUCAACGGAGAGAGAGGUUUUAGAUGUGUAAUAUAUUAACUUGUUUUUGUUUCUUUUUGUUUUCUUAAAAAAUUCAUAUAUUAACCAUUUUUUUUGUUUAAACAUCUAUAUAUUACUGUACAUUUUUUAUAUAUUGCCAAAUAAAGUCUUUUUUCAGA